AUGGCGGCGUUGGCGCUGCGGGCGGUGGCGGCGCUGCGGGCCCCGGGGGUGCGGGGGCCGGACGGGCGGCGCGGGGUGAGGGCGCUGAGGCGGACGCCCGUCAGGGUGCUGCCUUCGGCCGCCGAGAACCGAGCGCGGGAAGGGCAGGAGGAGGAAGCCGAAGCCGCCGCCGCCGCCCCGGGUCGGAAGCCCAAGCGGCGGCCGCCGUCCGGUCCUUGCGCCCUGACCCCGCCCGUGACCCCGCCCGUGACCCCGGCCCCGACCACGUUGGAGUCGGCCGGCCUGCGCUUCCACAAGGCCCUGCCCGGGGACAGCAGGCUGCGGAAAGUGAUUACGAUUGUCAAGUCGCGGUCGUUCCGGGACAGGGAAGGGAAGAUUCUGCUGGAGGGCCAGAGGCUGAUUAUCGACGCCCUGACAGCCGGUGCGGUGCCCAAGACUCUCUUCUUCAGCCGCGCGGAGGACGUGAAGAAGCUGCCGCUGGAUAAGCUGAAGGGGGCCGAGCUCAUCAAGGUCAAGUUCGAAGACAUCAAAACCUGGUCUGACCUGGUGACCCCACAGGGACUAAUAGGGAUUUUCGCCAAACCCGACCACACCAAGGUCAAGUACCCGGCGAUGCAGCUCCACAACACCCUGCCCUUGUUGCUUAUCUGUGACAGCCUGCGGGACCCGGGAAACCUGGGCACCAUCCUGAGGUCGGCGGCUGCGGCGGGCUGCAGCAGAGUGCUGCUCACCAAAGGUUGUGUGGAUGCUUGGGAGCCCAAGGUGUUGAGGGCAGGGAUGGGGGCGCACUUCCAAGUGCCCAUCCUCUCCAACCUGGAGUGGGAGACCCUCCCCGACUACCUGCCCCCCGAGACCACCGUCCACGUGGCCGACAACUGCGGCCGCUUCGCCCAGGCCCGGCUGUCCGAAAGAGGCCAAGAACGCCGCCUGAAGUGCGACCGGCGCUACCUGAAGUUUCACCGGCCGGAGGAGUCGGGCGACGAGGGAGGGGACCCGUCGGAGGGCUGGCUCCCCGACGUCUUCCUGCAGACCUACGACGAGGAGUGGACGGAGGCCCCGGCGACGGCGGUGGUGGUGGGCGGAGAGACCCGCGGCGUCAGCCUGGAGUCCCUGGAGCUGGCCGGGAGCACGGGGGGCAGGCGGUUGCUGAUCCCGGUGGUGCCGGGCGUGGACAGCCUGAACUCCGCCAUGGCCGCCAGCAUCCUGCUGUUCGAGGGGAAGCGACAGCUGCGGGCGAGGGAGGGGCGAGGGGGCGGCCCGCGCCGGGUCGCGGAGGGUUACGCGGACCCCGCCUAGGAGCCGUGGGCUCCCUCCAGCCUGGGGUCUGGGGCCUCCCUGGCCGCUCGGGCCGUUCCCUCCUUCCCUCCCUGCCGUGGGCUUCCGUCCGCGCUCAGAGGGCGACUUUCCGGGCCCGGCGUUCCCCGUUUCUGGGCUGCGUGUGGUGGCGGAGCCCCCCGGGACCUUCUUCCCGGGAUCCCUCCCCAACCGCAGGCCUGCCCUUCUCUGCCAGGCCUGCAGAGGGCAGCAGCAGCCAAAAGGCCAGAAGCCCCCCGGGAUGGAGAAAUGUCCCCAACUCCAACUUACGGCCCGUCGGCUUGGACGGUCCGGUCGCCGCCUCUCCUUCCCUCGUUCCGCGCCGUCGGAAGACUCGCCGGACGCGGCCCUCGGUUCGCCCCGCGGAACCGGGCGGAGACGAACGGACCGGCGCCCCGGGCCGGGAGCUCCGUCGGAGCUGCCGACGGAAACGGCGCUUCCCAAAGGAACUCAGCGGUCCCGGGAGCGACGGAGUUGGGGCGGGGAGGUGGGCGCCGGGCCCGGAGGCUGCCGAUCUGCCGGCAGGGGAGAUUGUAGGCGGCACAGCCCAACACGGGGCAGUGCGGGCAGGGGCAGGGCCGGGUCACUCGAUUUGUCCAGAGGGCUCAGGCUCCGGUUUGAAGCGUUAACCCGGCGGAUGGUAUUAAAAAGCAUCUCCCCCAUCUGGGACGUCACCGAACUGCCAAAUGCUGAUUCCGUCUUCACCGCCGGGCCAAUGCUGAGGACGCGGUUGGGGGUCCGUCCCACCGGGAAUGUGAACGCGCGCUGGGCCUUGUUUGUUCAGGCGCCCGGGGGGUGGUGCGGAGGAACGUUGGAUCGGCCCCAGUCGAAAUGGAACAGAUUUUCUUUUGGACGGGACGGGAGCAGCUUGGUUCCUGAGGCCAGCUCGCCAACUGCAGACUGUGGUGGGGAGCCGGUUUCCGCUCUUCCCGUGGUGAGCCCAGCCCCCGCGGGGCCGGACUGAGGGAGAGAGGAGAGCGAGCGAGCUGCUAAGUUCCCUUCAGCCCAAGCCCCCGCUCCCAGGGAGCUUUUCCGAAAAGGUGCCGGAGAUGGAGAUUGACCAGGUUCCCUGAGGGCGGGAUUAGGUCCUCCUCUUGUCCCAAGCACUAGCAAAUGCUCAGCAGCCCUUGGUAUCCUGCUCAGCACCCAGUAGGCGCUCAAUAAAUGUGAUGGAUCGAUGGA